AUGUCUCCGCCAACUUCCCUACUCUAUCAGCCCUCCAGCACGAACACAGCAACCCAGCGCUUUCUAGAUCGAAUCAAUGCAAACUAUGGCCUCUCGUUGGCUUCUUAUUCCGACCUCUAUCAAUGGUCUACUACGCAUAUAGACGAAUUUUGGGGAUCUGUUUGGGACGAGACGAAAAUCUUGGGUCACAAGGGAAAGCUUGUAGUGGAUAAGGAUGCCAAACCGGCGGAGAACGUUCCUUGGUUCUCUGAGGCCCAACUGAACUGGGCGGAGAAUAUGCUGCAGCACCGAUCAACAAGCAAGAUCGCUCUUAUACAAGCAACGGAACCAACCCCAGAAAACGCUAAUCCUGAAUUAAAGCGAUGUUCCUAUGCACAGCUGUACACCCUCGUAGCAGAUCUUGUAUCAGCAUUGCUGCAUCAUGGUGUCAAAGCUGGGGAUCGUAUUGCUUCCUACUCUUCGAAUUGCAUUGAGAAUGUGGCUGCUUGCCUUGCCACAACGGCACUUGGCGCUAUCUGGGUAAGCGCUGCCGCCGAUUUUGGGGCUCAAGGUGUACUCGAACGGUUUGAACAAGUACAACCCAAAAUCAUCUUUGCUGUAGAUGCGGUGGUAUACAACAGCAAAGUCCACAACCAUAUUCCCAAAUUAAAGUCUCUUCUAUCCGGAUUGAAUGAAGUAGUAUCGACCAAGCCCAAGGUUGUUGUCGUUUACACCGGUCUAGAGGGUACCGACAAAGCAGAAUGGGAUGACACCUGGGUAGAUUGGUCGGCUUUUGUUCGCCAAGGUCAGGGGGUGAAGCUUGGUCGCUCUGAAGACGGCGAGAUAGAUUGGUAUCGCGGCUCUUUCAACGAUCCUCUUUGGAUUCUUUUCAGCUCAGGCACUACGGGUGAGCCGAUAGUCCACAGAGCGGGAGGGAUGCUUCUGCAAGCUCGAAAAGAGCUUGCUAUAUGUGCCGACCUCCAGCCAGAUGAUGUUUUCUUUUAUUACACCACAACGGGUUGGAUGAUGUGGAACUUUCUCGUUGGUGGUUUAGCUUCGGGCUGCACCUUAGUAUUGUACGAUGGUAGCCCCUUGCGGGAUCCCACAUUCCUGUGGAAUCUGGUAGACGAGUUAGGAAUCACAAUAUAUGGGACUAGUGCGAAGUACAUCGAUCAUCUAUCGAAAAAGUAUAAACCACGCGAACACCAUUCUCUCCAGACUUUACGACAUAUUUAUUCCACAGGUUCUCCACUUGCACCCCAACUUUUCGAUUGGGUAUACGAAAAUAUCCACCCCAAAAUCUUGCUGGGAUCCAUCACAGGAGGAACGGAUAUAUGCUCUCUUUUUGCAGGGAUCGCGUUGCCUGUCUAUCGGGGGGAAAUACAGUGUCGCAUGCUGGGAAUGGCAGUCGAAGCAUUUAGUCCUGACGGAACUGUGAAUGCCCCAGGUGUUGAAGGAGAGCUUGUCUGCGUCAAGCCCUUCCCUUGUAUGCCAGUUGGGUUUUGGCCUUUGCCUGGUUUUGGGUCGGAUGAAGCAGUACAGGCUGCUCAAAAGAGAUUCCAAGAUGCUUAUUUUUCGGAUUCCCAAGGUGUCUGGUAUCAUGGUGAUCAUGUUCUCAUAACACAAUCAAGGCAGGGAAAUGCUGGCGGAGUGGUCAUGCUGGGACGUUCUGAUGGAGUGCUAAACCCUGGUGGGGUACGCUUCGGGUCGGCAGAGCUCUACGACGUGAUUGAUGUACACUUUGCGAACAUCGUUGAAGACUGUAUCGCAAUUGGGCAGGGCAUCGACAAUGGUACUGAUGAACGGGUCAUCUUGUUUAUCAAACUAUCCAAGGACGAGGAGCUAUCGCCCACUUUGAUAGAUGCUAUUCGAGCUCAGAUAAGACACAAGCGUACCCCCCGACAUGUUCCUAGCAAGUUCAUACAAGUGCACGACAUUCCUUACACUCUAAAUGGUAAACGCGUCGAGGUCCUUGUAAAGAAGAUUAUCAACGGUGCUCCUCUUUCGACCAUCAACCCCGCCACGCUUCUUAAUCCUGAAUCCCUCGAAAUAUAUGUUAAGAUUGGGAUUGAACUUCGUAGAGAAGUCUGUAAGGAUUAA